AUGCAGCAUCCUCUGACGGGGGCCACCUGCGUGGCGCUCCCCAACGUGGGCAUGUGUCCCCAGCUCUCGUGUGCCUUGACUUUUAUGUACUUACAGCAGGGUAACCAGGAAGCAGCAGCAGCCCCUGACACAAUGGCCCAGCCUUAUGCUUCGGCCCAGUUCGCACCCCCUCAGAACGGCAUCCCCGCGGAGUACACGGCCCCUCACCCCCACCCCGCGCCAGAGUACACGGGCCAGACCACCGUCCCUGAGCACACGUUAAACCUGUACCCUCCCGCCCAGGCGCACUCGGAGCAGAGCGCGGCGGACACGAGCGCGCAGACCGUCUCCGGCACCGCCACACAGACAGAUGAUGCAGCGCCAACAGAUGGCCAGCCCCAGACACAACCUUCUGAAAACACGGAAAACAAGUCCCAGCCCAAGAGGCUGCAUGUCUCAAACAUCCCCUUCAGGUUCCGGGAUCCGGACCUUCGACAAAUGUUUGGCCAAUUUGGUAAAAUCUUAGAUGUUGAAAUUAUUUUUAAUGAGCGAGGCUCAAAGGGAUUUGGUUUCGUAACUUUCGAAAAUAGUGCCGAUGCGGACAGGGCGAGGGAGAAAUUACACGGCACCGUGGUUGAGGGCCGUAAAAUCGAGGUAAAUAAUGCCACAGCACGUGUAAUGACAAAUAAAAAGACCGUCAACCCUUAUACAAAUGGCUGGAAAUUGAAUCCAGUUGUGGGUGCCGUCUACAGUCCCGAAUUCUAUGCAGGCACGGUGCUGUUGUGCCAGGCCAACCAGGAGGGAUCCUCCGUGUACAGUGCCCCCAGUUCACUUGUAUACACUUCUGCAAUGCCCGGCUUCCCGUAUCCAGCUGCCACCGCGGCGGCAGCCUACCGAGGCGCACACCUGCGUGGCCGCGGUCGCACCGUGUACAACACCUUCCGGGCCGCUGCGCCCCCACCCCCCAUCCCGGCCUAUGGCGGUGUUGUUUACCAGGAUGGAUUUUAUGGUGCAGACAUUUAUGGUGGUUAUGCUGCAUACCGCUACGCCCAGCCUACUCCUGCCACUGCCGCUGCCUACAGUGACAGAAAUCAGUUCGUCUUCGUUGCAGCAGAUGAAAUUUCUUGUAACACCUCUGCAGUUACGGACGAGUUUAUGCUGCCGACCCCUACCACCACACACUUGCUCCAGCCCCCACCUACGGCGUUGGUGCCAUGCCCCAAGGUUCCAGCCCCAGCACAGACUUCAGAGGAGCUAAGCUGCACACUUCCAGGCCUCUGCUGUCAGGCAGCUGAGAAUCUGCCUGCCUCUCCUCCCCUAUUACAAUUCAUGUUUAAAGUCAUAGUCGCCCAGGAGAGAAAAUAG